AACUCGGAGAGAGGGCAGAGAAGAGUGGCUGAGAUUCGGUUUUCCAAUAACUCAGCUUAAACCCAAUCACUGCGUCUUCAGCUACACACACAUAUGAUAUAACAGCCACAUCUCUUUCUCUGUCUCUAGUCUAGUACGUAAAACUUUUCAAUCCACCAGACCUGUUGGUUGGUCAGUAAUUUUCCUUCUACCCAAACACUCUCUUGUGGUUCUUAAUCCUCAAAAUUCAUUCCCAUUUCCCAUUUCUCUUUCAAUUUCAUUCUUUUAUUUAACUGAACAUUCAAGUACCCUUUUGUUUGUUUCUCGAAGAUUCUCUUUUUCUCCAAGGAAAUUAAAAUAAAAUUCAAAGCUCCAUUAUUAAGACUCACCAAAUACCUUCCCCUUCUACCGUAACUUUUGGUUUCAGUCUCGCUUUCCAAUUCCGUCGCUUUCUGAUAUCGUUUUCUGGUCGAGGAUUACUUUCUUCGCUCUCAAUUCUUGUCUUUUGGAUCCCUUGCACGUACUUUGGUCGAUGGGGGACGUAGUUAAGGAUCUAACUGCUGGUACUGUUGGAGGGGCAGCUCAGUUGAUAUGUGGGCACCCAUUUGAUACAAUCAAGGUUAAACUCCAAAGUCAGCCUGUUCCACUCCCUGGACAGCCUCCCAAGUAUGCUGGUGCAAUGGAUGCUGUGAGGCAAACAAUAGCUGCUGAAGGCGCAAGGGGUGUGUACAAAGGUAUGGGAGCUCCACUUGCUACCGUCGCAUUAUUCAAUGCUGUCCUUUUCUCCGUAAGAGGAAAAAUGGAGACAUUGUUGAGGUCCGAACCUGGUGUCCCUCUUACAGUCAACCAGCAAAUCAUUUGUGGAGGUGGGGCUGGAGUUGCUGUCUCAAUUUUAGCUUGCCCUACUGAAUUGAUCAAGUGCAGGUUGCAAGCCCAAAGUGCAUUGGCAGGUACUGCAUCAGCUGGUGUGGCAGUGAAGUAUGGGGGGCCAAUGGAUGUGGCCAGGCAAGUUCUCAGAUCAGAAGGGGGAGUAAGAGGUCUCUUCAAGGGCUUAGUUCCCACCUUGGCUAGAGAAGUUCCAGGAAAUGCUCUAAUGUUUGGUGUUUACGAAGCACUUAAGCAAUACUUUGCUGGAGGUCGAGACACUUCUGGGCUGGGAAGAGGCUCUUUGAUUGUGGCUGGAGGCUUGGCUGGAGGGUCCUUUUGGUUCACAGUUUACCCAACCGAUGUUGUCAAGAGCGUUAUUCAGGUAGAUGAUUACAAGAAUCCAAAGUUCUCUGGUUCAAUUGAUGCUUUUAAAAAGAUUGUUGCUUCAGAGGGAGUCAAAGGUCUCUACAAGGGAUUUGGACCUGCCAUGGCUCGAAGUAUUCCAGCAAACGCAGCAUGCUUCUUGGCUUAUGAAGUUACCAGGUCCAGUCUAGGCUGAGAAGAUUAUGAUGGCCUAAUUUAUGUGGCUAAGAUUCAGUUGGGUGUUAACAUUUCCAAAGAGGCAAUUGACAUUUUUUUUUGUUUUGGUUAACUUUCAAUUUGUAAAGUUGGUGUCAUUGCCUUCGUCAUCUUUUACUAUCCAUUUUGUCUUUCACCAACCACUUUGGUGCUUAUAUAAUAAUAAUUCUACCCAUUUGGCUA